AUGAUUAAUUAAACAAAAACAUAACUUUUUGAAGUUUUUAAGAAAUUCGACAAAGAUGGUAAUGGUUAUGUAGAAUCAAAUGAAUUAAUAGAAAUAAGUAAAUAAAUGAAUGAAGAAAUUACAUAAGAUGAUAUUGAUAGAGUAUAUUUGCAGAUUAGAUUAUUAGUUAAUGAAAGUAGUUGAUAGUAAUAAUGAUGGGAAAAUAUCAUUUGAAGAGUUUUGGAUUUGGUGGUAAUUUGGAAAGAAUGAAAAAUUAGAGAAAUUGGUUUUUAUGAAAUUGAAAUUAAUGAAUAUGUUAAAAUCAAUAAAUUCUGAAUUUACAAGAUUUGGAGUAUCUCUUGAAUAGAAAUAUGAACCUAAAUUAGAUCAUCAUUAUUGGGCUAUAAAUUAUGGAGAUUUUUAACCUCAUUUCAAAUUUAACAUUAAAAUGAAAUAUAAAGGAUCAGGAGUAUUAGAGGAUAUUUAAUAGGAGGUUGGAUUUUAAUAAUCAAAAUCAUUAUAAAUAAUAAUUAUUUGUAGAGCAAUAAAACCUGUAUAAGCGAAAGAAAAAUUAGAAUAACUAUGGAAAGAAUUUAAAUAAAAAUUAUAAGAAAAGUAAGAUUAAAUAAUACUACCAUAAAUUGAAAAUUCAUUAAAUAUAGAAUUCUAAGAGAGAAAAGACUCAGUAGCUAUAGCAAUUAAUAUUAGUCAUGCAUUAAUUGAUAUGACAUUUGAAUAAGCUUACUUACCAUAUUGUGAAAAAUUAGGCACAGAUGUGGAAGUAUUAAUAUAGAGUUUCUUUUUGGUAUAAAAAAUGGAAUAACAAAAUUAAUGAAAAAAGAUUAGAUAUUUAUUAAAUAUUUAUUGGAAGGAUUUAUUUUUGAAUUUAAAGCAGCUUUUAAUAGUGAUUAGCUAAAAAGUUAAUUGGUGUUAUUUUGGCUAGUUUUGGAAAAUAAUUUGCUUAAAAAAUCGCUGCAACAAAAUAAUCAUAGAAAAUAUAAUCAGAGUUUAUAUGGCCUAUGCUUUUUAAGAGUUCCAAGUUUCAUUUAUAAUUAUGGAAGAUGUGAAUUAAUUUUUGAAUGCUUUAGGUUUAUAAGAAUUAGCUGAUGAAUAACCAACAGCUAUAUAUAAUAAUAAAUUAUAUAUCUAUUGA